GGGUGUUGGAGUCUAGCAACAUCGGCAGGAUCCGGACUGGCAAUACCUCUCCCGCUCCUGAGCGGCGUUCCUGCUUGGUUGCCAGGGCGGGGAUUAAGCUCGCUACGUUGCUAUCCCACGGACUACCGCCAGGGGGGAGCAGCGGCAAAUGGGGAAAGAAAUGUAGGAACUUUUUUUGCGCCGGAACUUCCGGAUGACCGGGAGGGACCGAACUGCUCUGCCGGAAGUUACCCGUUCAAACAGCCCCCAUCGUCGUGAACGGGAUGGUAAGCCCUUGUGGAUGGUAAGUUAAGAUGAGCAGCGCUUCUUCUCUCCCUACACCCGGAAGUAGGGCAGAUUGACUUUGAUAGAAGCCGUGUAUUCAUUUCGGAGGCUACAUUAGUGUGUUAUUUAUGGUAAGAGUGCUAAUAAGAGUGGCUGUUAAUACUGUAUAUACGGAACAUCUUUUAAGAGGCGGGGAGAGGCUACGUUGGGGUCCUAUCUUAUUAAGGGGUCGCCAGUGAUACGUGGUUUAUGGUAGCUUACGGUAGGAAGGGUCUAAUUCUGGGGGGAUUGACUGGGCAGUGGGGGACUCGCCAUCAGAAAUGAUGUUUCUGGGUGCGUUUCUGUAUAGUAGUAGUAGUAAUUUUUUAUUUAUACCCUGCUCAUCUGGCUGGGUUUCCCCAGCCACUCUGGGCGGCUCCCAACAGAAUAUUAAAAACAAAAUAAAACAUCAAACAUUAAAAAGUUCCCUAAACAUGUGACCUUUAACACAUCUGCAUAGGGAGGCUCCUUACACAUCUCCAAAAAAGAUGGCACAGAAUGAUAUGUGUAUCAAAAUCCGCCUGCUAAUUUUGAAAACAAUUGCUGCAAUUUAAACAGAGGUGCUAUACAUACAUCGCAGUGGGUUGGGGAAGAUUUUGGCCCUGUAACCUGCAUGCCUGACUACUCGGUAUGUUGUUAAGGUGCUUAACUUUUAACUUGGGACACAGGAAGUUGCUUUCUGCACAGUCGGUUCAUUGUGCCAUCCAGUCUACACCGAUGGGCAGCCAGAAAGUUCUGGGUUUCAAACAGGGACACUGAGUCAUCUCUUCCUAAAGAUGGCAGGUAUGCAAAGAAAAUACUCUGCCACUGAGCUACAGCCCAUGAUUUCUGAUGGCGUGUGGUUACAGGCACUGUAUUUGAGGAAGGAGGGAACACAGUCCUAUAACAUUUAAAGGUUGUUUUUCUCUUUAAAAAAUCUGUCUUGAUUUCUGUUAGAGUGGUCCUCCAGUAUGCUGCUACCACGACUGACGUCUCAGAUAGCGAGGGCCUGUCGAUUUGCAGGUAAGUGCAGCCAUUCUUUGGGAAUGUCGAGUAGAUGCCAUGCACCAGGUCAGACUAUUUGCCCAUCCAGACCAGUAUAGUCUACCCUGGCUGGCAGAGGCUCUCCAGGGAGUCGGACAGAGAGGGACCUUUCACAUCACUUUGCAGGACCUUCCUGCAGCCAAUCAGAAGCUGUCAUUUGGUUUUCAAAUGUUUUGGAAGUCGGACAUACUUCCGGAACGGUUUUCAUUUAACUUUUAAGCUACAAAAUGCAUCUUAAUUAUAUACACAGCCUGUCAUUAUGUAAGCCAUUUUGUUUCCAUGCGGGCAUUAAACCAACUUUCCCCUAACUUUGUGUCCAUCAGAUGUUAGACUAUCAACUCCCAUCAUCCCCAGCUAGCACUGCCAACAGUCAGAGAUGAUGGGAUUUGGAGUCCCAAAAUCUUUGGAGUGUGUUAUGUUGGACCCGGUCAUCAUGCCCUUUCUGUGACAUGAAAUGUUUCCUGCAGAAUUUGUUUUAUUUAGUCAUUUUUCUUUAUUUAAUAUAUUAACAAACUUUAUAUAUCACUUGCUUGUAAGAGAACCUCAAAGCGGUUCACAAAAAUAUAACACAAAAUGUCAAAAUUACUGAUUAAAAAUGGUUUUAAAAAGGCGUUUGAAAGCAUUCGAAAGAUUAUUGAAAUAGUCAGUAGCUGAUGUGUUAAUUUUAAAAAAAAUAAUGAAUGUUCACAUAUUUCCACACAGAACGCUUUCUGUCAAGAUCGGCCAUCUCGCUUCCGGUUCCUAGACUUGCAGCUUCCGCAAAUUACAGCACACUUCCCUCAAACAGAAAUGGAGCCCAACCCCAGCAGUGGUACGCGUUGGACCCUGAGCUGGAAGAAAUCCUGGUGCCAAGGAAGAUGUCGAUCUCCCCCCUUGAAAGCUGGCUGACGGUCCAGUAUGUCCUCCCUAAAGGUGGAGGCGCCAUCAGUGUUUAUGAGAAGCUAGGCUAUGAACCCAACCAUCAGUAUGAGCUCCCCACAUCUUCCCGGGGUGCAGAGGCUGAGGAUGACAGCGAGGAGGGGGGAGGCGAGCUGAACCGGGGCAAAAUGGAAUGCAAGAACGUUCUGAAGAUCCGGAGAAGGAAGAUGAACAGACACAAGUACAGGAAGCUGAUGAAGCGGACAAAGUUCUUGCGGAAGAAGGUCAGGGAAGGUCGGCGCCGGAGGAAACAAGUGAGUGUGGGAAGGGAGGAUUCUGGGAACUGGUCUGGCAUAGUCUGUUUAGCUCAGGGAUGGGGAACGUCAGACGUGGGUGCUGAAACGUAGCCCUCCAAGCAUCUUUCUCUAGUGCUUUCACUAGGCUGCACCUCCUCUCUCUAUGCCACACCUCGCACUGGCCCUGCUUCUCGCCCUGGAGUGUUUUUGCCUGGCCGGAAUGUGUCCUUGAACUCUGAUACAGCCUCUGGAUGUAUCCAGCUUAUCUGGAUGGAGGAUAGAAAGGUUUGCAUGUGCGUAUAGGAACUAGCCUACAGAAUGAAGGCAAAAUUCACAUUUGUUGCUGUACCCGCUUUUGCUCCUGGCCCUGCCCAACACUGGCAUGUGGCCCUUGGAAGGCUGCCCAGAGGGGAAUGUGGCCCUUGGCCUGAAUUCGUUCACACCUAACCACUUCCUGAUUGCGCCCAGUCCCAAGGUUGAGCAUUAUCAUAGAAUCCUAGAAUUGUAGAGUUGGAAAUGACCACAAGGAUCAGAUCUUUUGGACAUCUUGGGGCUCGAAACCAUGACCCUGAGAUUAAGAGUCUCAUGCUCUAGUGAUUGAGCUAUUUCCCACUAUAAUGCAAAUAGAUGUGUCAGAAGUGGGAUAUGAACCUAUGCCUCUUUCUCUUCCUGUGUGAUACUGGUUCUUCACACCAUACCCCCUUAUCCAGUUGUCAAUUUCCUAUAGACCACCUAUUUCAGUUUUGAUGUCUACUCGUCAUUUUCUUGACCCACGCGUAAUUCUGCAAUUCCUAGUUCUGCGCAUUAAUGGACCGCAUCACAGCCAUCCAGGACUUGCUGCCUCAAAGUACACAAUAUCCUAGGGGACAUGUCACUAGAUCUUGGUUUUUUAUGUCUUGUCUUUACAGAAAAGGUUUGAACGAGAUCUGGAACGCGUCUGGAGGAGAGCUGGACUGAGGAAGGCUCCUGAGGGAUGGACGGCACCCAAGAUAUAUCUCAAGAAUGUGAAGUCCGAUUGACGUCGCCAUGAGGUUUUUUUUUUUUUUAAUUAAACAAUAUUUAAAGCAGAAGAGC